AACAUAUGCAGCUUCUUGCAUUUUCUUACUUCUUUCUUUUUUGCUAUUCUUUGAGAUUGUUCAUAUCCAUAUGCAUACACAUACAGUAUGCAUAAUGUCUGUUAUACAUAACAGGCUGGUAAACUAAAGAAGGUAAAACUUUGUGUAUUUCCACAAGCACUUUUAUUUCCUUUAAUAGAACAAGACAAAUGGACAGGCAUAGGGUGUAAACAUCGUCUCUAACUUUAAAGGACCUGACAAACUCAGGUCACUGUGAGACAUGUGUGAGGUUCACACAAAGGUUGAGGUGGAGAGAUAAGGUGUAUUUGGGGAUAUCUGUGGUUACUUAUCUCCAAGGUUGAUUUAUUUUUCCCACCUACUUUUCCUGGCUGUGCUGCAAAAGUUAAGCAACACAUCCGAGGUCUGUGAAAGCACUAUAUAAGAAGGAGAAGGUCCCGAUGAACUUCUGCUGAAGACUGUCACCAUGAAGUUUGUGAUCUUGGCUUUGUUCGUUGCUGGCGCCUACGGGUGCGGACUGCCCACCUACCCCCCCACCAUCACCAGGGUGGUUGGUGGAGAUGAUGUCCGUGAGAACAGCUGGCCUUGGCAGGUGUCUCUGCAGUACAGGAGUGGCAGCAACUUCUACCACACCUGUGGUGGCACUCUGAUCUCCAGCCAGUGGGUCCUCACUGCUGCUCACUGCAUCAGCAGCCGCACCUACAGAGUCUACCUGGGAAAACACAAUCUGAAGAGCAACAAUGAGGUUGGGUCCAUCGCCAUCAGCCCCGCCAAGAUCAUUGUCCAUGAGAACUGGGACUCUUACAGAAUCCGUAACGACAUCGCCCUGAUCAAGCUGGAGACUCCUGUCACCUUCUCUGACACUAUCAUGGCUGCCUGCCUCCCCACCUCUGGUGACAUCCAGCCCAAUGGUGCUCCCUGCUACGUCACUGGCUGGGGACGUCUCUGGACUGGAGGUCCUAUUGCCGACAUCCUGCAGCAGGCCCUCCUUCCUGUGGUCGGCCACUCCAUCUGCAACAGGUAUGACUGGUGGGGCAGCCUGGUCACCGACAAAAUGGUCUGUGCUGGAGGAGAUGGACAGCUGGCUAGCUGCAAUGGAGACUCUGGUGGCCCCCUGAACUGUCAGAGCCCUGAUGGCUCCUGGGAAGUUCACGGUGUGGUGAGCUUUGGCUCAAGCAUGGGCUGCAACUACCCCAAGAAGCCUUCCGUCUUCACUAGGGUCAGCGCCUACAUCCCCUGGAUCAACAACGUAAGUGGAAAAAACUUAAAAUAUUUGUCCACAAGAUUUCAUGAUAUACUCGAGGCUUUUUUGUUUCUCUUUGGAUCCAGCUGACAACACUGAAACCUCUUUACUGUCUUGGGAUUUAGCCACUCGCUGUUUACUGGCUUUAUUGUCAAAUCAAAACAGACAGACCUAAAACUACUCAUGGGAAGCCAUUUGGUUGUUUAUUGCAGGGAUCUUAAUGUCAGACAAAGAUCUGAGAAAUAGUUUUAUAUAGUAGUUGGAAAAACCUUCACAUUUUUAAUGGUCCAUAAAUUAUUAAAUUAAGUUGUACAAAUUAUGAAAUACAAUCAUAAUAAUUGUCUCAAUUUUUAAUAUGAACUUUUUAGUGCAGAAGAAAUAAUGAGCGGACAUGUUGUGAUAAAGAAGUCCAGAUGCUCAAUUGCCCUAUUUCACAAUAUU